AUGAGUCUACCUUCCAGCGAGCUGAGCUGGCUGUCAAGCGACGAGAUCGAGGCACUCCAGGCGGAGAUUGAACUUGACGAAGAGUCCAAUGACCUGCAACCGGUCUGGUCUAACACAUGGACACCAAUCAAUCAGACGAACAGUGCCAACGUGGCUCCUUCCUCGCCCUCGUCACCACAGCAGGAUGCAGACGAAGAGGAGCAAUCAGCAUCCGCAAGCUGUCGUCGGCGCGCUAUCCUCGACUCCGCAGAUCGAAUGUAUGAGACGAAGACGGCCAGGAAGCGGAAGUCUUUGACAGCUUCACCGCCAUACACACGCAAGAAAGGAGCUGUCGGUGUCAGUUUAGAAGACGCUGACCAUCCUGAUGGUCUGGCACAACACAAGAAACCGCCGAACAAAAGACCUCGAGCGACACGACAGCCCAAAGCCGCUCAACUCCAGACCACCGACAGCUUGAUACCUAUCCGCUCGAGUAAGCUCAACGCCACUUCUGCCGCUGAGAAACGGACAUAUUCGCAAGCCCUCGGUCCAGAGACAGAAACUCGACCUGCAAAAAAGGUGCUCACCAUGAGAGUAGCGUCUACUCCGGCACGGCACUCCCAUACCGACUCUGUCGCGAAAGGAAAGACCGAAACUUCCAGAGAUCUCAACGGCCGCGCUAAUACGAAGCGUCAUUCUCUCGACAUCGAGAACACCAUGCAAGCAGAGCAUGAAGAUUCAGAGGACCUCUUCGACAACGACGACACCUGCGUCGAGGAAUUUCUAGAAGCCGAAAAGGCACUCUUUGCCGAGUCAUUUGUCCCUCCCACCUCGUCUAGCAACACCGCAGCCAUGCCAGACAUCGACAAGAAGCAUAAAGCCCCAGCUAAGCCAUCCCCCAGCAACAACACCGGACAGUCGCCCAUGAAACCCUUCAUCCGGCCGUUUGCCCCUCUCCCUGUCUCACAAGACGCUUCGCCAACCAGCCCAAUGGUCUCCCCUUCGCACCGCCGUCCUAUCUGUUUCCGAAUUGCCGAAGCCCUCCGCCACAUCUCAUCCACGUUCGUCUCUACGCCAAUUACGCCAACCACACCCGUGAAGACGCUGACUCUUGAAGUCUACGCGAUCUUGCACAGCAGCAGCAGCAGCAGCACAGACGACGAGACUUCCGGCCCCAUCGAAGUCGUCCUGGCGGACAUUUUCUUCCCACAUCGACCGCCCUACCUCAGCGCUACGACCACCCGGAAAGCCACCAUGGUCGCGUCAACGAGCCGGAAACACCAAUCCCCAUCUCCGCAUCUAUUGAAAAAGUUGCAGGGGAAUCUCGUCUGCGUCGUUGUCCAGGUGACUCCUCCCUCUUCGAACACCCCACCGGCUGUAUUACCCGGACGCCUGGGAAUCACGCCAGCGACACCGCCACUAGCCGGGAAAUAUACGACGAAUACGGUACUAAAGAUCGAGCACACCGACUGGGAUGAGAUUCGACGCGCAAAGGACAUCCUCGACGGGAAUUAG